AUGUCUGUGCCACGGAUUCAAGUGGAAGAAGUGGGUGAGAAAGACAGGCUGGCAGGAGCAGCCGCACCUCCCGAUGACCACCUACUCAGCCUGAAGGCCCUCACCGAGAAACUGAGGCUAGAGACCCGAAGACCUUCCUACCUGGAAUGGCAGGCCAGGCUAGAGGAGCAGACGUGGCCUUUCCCAAAGUCAGCUGCCCCACAAGAGACAAGCUUGGAACAGGGAGCCUGUGGAGAUGGAGUGCCGUCAGUCCCUCUGAGGGAAUCCAGAGAGCUGCUCCCACCUCCCAGGAGUGCCAGCCGGGGUGACAGACCUCUGACCACAGGCAAGCUGGAAGGCUUCCGGAGUAUCGAUGAAGCCAUAACCUGGGUCAGAAAGGAACUGGCAGAGAUGCGGCUCCAGGACCAGCAGCUGGCCAGGCAGCUCAUGCGCCUCCGUGGAGACAUCAACAAGCUGAAGAUUGAGCAGACCUGCCGCCUGCACAGGAGGAUGCUCAAUGACGCUGCCUACGAGCUGGAGGAGCGCGAUGAGCUGUCCGACCUCUUCUGCGACUCCCCCCUGGCAUCCUCCUUCAGCCUUUCCACACCGCUCAAGCUCAUUGGUGUCACCAAAAUGAACAUCAACUCCAGAAGGUUCUCUCUCUGCUGAGAAGCCUUGGGAUGGAAGCGGGGGACCAGAGCUAAGGGCUUGGGGCGGGGGCUCAGACCAAGUUACUCGAAGCCCGUCUCCCUGUGGCCAUGCUGGGGAACGGAAGGCCCCCCGGGGCUUCAGCCUUGCAUACAUGGAUCUUCACAUUCAAUCCCUGAAGAGUCUACAGACACUAUGUAAGACAGGGGUCUCAGAGAGAUCCCUGUGGCCUGCUCCCCUCUGUGGCCUAAAAUAAUUGGUGCUAUGAUAUUGAAUCCCAAAGGGGUCACCCCCACACACACACACACACACACAACACACACAAAGCUUGUUCUUACAGAAAGCUCUCCUCUUAGGAAGCGGGGAGGAUUAAAUGUGUAAGGCACUCUCAUCUUUCAUAUACUGUUGCCACCCUCCCAGUCCUAGCUCUAAUUGCUCCUAAGUAGGUGACUCAGCAGCCUGGACAGGGAUGUGCUACGACAAGAAAACUUAGAGGAAUAACGAGGUGGCACGUGGGAAUGCAGGCUUCUCUGUGAUGGCCGCCAGCAUUCCUGGGAGGGAGCUCCGCCCUGUGACUUUGAACUACAGCCUUAAUGCUAUAAGGCCAUGCUAUUUCCAGCUUGCUCCAUGACACAUGGCGCAUGUACCUUGGAUAGCUUUCGUAGGGGAACCCAGACACCCUGCUGUCCACGCUAGCUCCAGUUACAACCACUUCAGUUAUUUCUCUGCCACUCACAACCCCAGGGGAGCACCUAGCAGUCUGCUAGUGACUAAACCAGGCAGAUAGGAAACAGAUUUCCCCCAAGUAAAUUCUAACGUGCGGGGCAUGACAGAGGCCUUCCUGGUGGGACCUGAUGGUGUCACCCACAAUACCUUAUCCUCAGCACCAAAGACCCCAGGGAGUCCAGAAGCCCGCCCCUAGCCUCUCUUCAAGACUGUGCCUGACCUAAACAAUGAAUUUUAAUUGACCAUGACUGUUAACUAAAGUGUUGCUAACUCGUUAAUACCUGUCUGAUUCUUGUCCAAAUUGUGAGCCAGUUGAGUAAGCCAAGCAAGUUUGGGGUUUAGUUUUGAGAGCUUUUUUCCCCCUUAGGAGAAACCUGGAGAUCAGCAAAAUGUUAAGUUGAUUGGUUCAGGGAAGACCUGAUACAGCACAUCUGGCCACAUGUAAUCCUGUUGACACAAGUUUCUCAGACAUUGGGUAUGUCUAGUGAGGCCAGCUCAUUAGCAGAGGGGCCAAAGGGAAGCCAGGAAUGAGAACAGCUUCCCUCAAGUCACCUGGCUGCUUAGUAGCUGUAGAAUACUAAGGUGUGAAAUUACUGUGAGUCAGGCCUAGACGGAUCUCCUGUCAAUGAACUUAAACUUCCAAGAGAUGGUCCUGAUGUUCUGCCAAACCCAUAAGUUGCCAGCUUCUCUCUCCCUCCCUUUCAGGCCCCACCCAUUCUCCCCACUUUGCAAUCCGAAGUCUUGCGGGGAGGGGGAAAAGCAUGACGCCCAGAUGGUGGACCUUCGACACUUCCCAUCAGUCAUAGUCCUGUAGUCUACACUGACUGCUCUCUGUGUAUAAUGUCUGUUCUCCCUGGAAUCCCAAUUGGCUGUGUUCACACACACCACAACACACCCAGGGAGA